AUGUCAUUUCCAGACCAAGCCAAAAAUUUCUUGUCUCACAUCGACAAAGCUACUUCGAACCAUGGUCUUUUAAACCAAUUCAACAGUCAAACCGGCUUACCAAGAUCUUAUGCUGUUUUGGCAUUCUCCGGUGUGUAUUUGGUCUUAGUUUUCCUUAACAUUGGAGGAAUUGGUCAGCUUUUGUCCAACAUUGCUGGUUUCGUCAUUCCAGGUUACUAUUCGUUAAUCGCCUUGAACACUCCUAGCAAGAGCGACGACUCUAAGUUAUUGGCCUACUGGGUUGUUUUUGCCUUCUUGAACGUGGCUGAAUUCUGGUCCAAGGCCAUCUUGUACUGGAUCCCAUUUUACUUUUUAUUCAAGACCUUUUUCUUGAUUUACAUCGGUGUUCCAGCUUUCGGUGGUGCCGAGCUUAUUUACAGCUCCUUGAUUAAGCCUUUCUCUGAGAAGUACGUUGGUGUUGGAGGAAAGCUUUCUCACGAGAUUGACGAAAUUGCCGAAGGUGUUUCUAGCGCUGUUGAAAUCUAA